GCUUUCACUGCGCAGUCUCCCUCCUUUCACUGCGCAGUCUCCCUCCACGAGCAAGCGAGGUGUGUUUCUCCGUUUCUCAACGUGUCCAUGUCGUCGACCAAGCACAUAUGUGCAUCCCGCGGCCGUCGAGGUGAAAAAAAAAAGAAAGACAACCUAUAGAUAUACGUUUGUCAAAUCAUAUGCGGUAUAGAGAUUGCUCGUUUCGUAACGGCUUAUCUCGCGCUGUCUGGCAGAUGGCGAGGGCACCUGCACCUCCGCGGACAUUGUCUUUUCUGGAGUGCGGAUAACGCUGCGACCAGAGGCCGUCGAGAGACGUCGACGGCUGACCCGGCGCGCGCGUGACACUCCGUCCCUCUCCAAGAACCAAGGUAACCGGCCACGCCCGCCCCCAGCCGCGCGCACCACCUAGCCAAAGCGACGAGCACCCCGUUCGUCGAAGGGGCGCAAGAAAAACAAAAACAAAGCAACAACCGAACGGACAGGCCAGAUGAUCAUCGACGCGCGAGCGUGCGCGGACAAUGAGGAUGUGACCGAGACACGGACAAGGCCCAACGGCCCGUCCCCUGCUCUCGCAAUGCGGUAACGUGCAGCCGCGUCCACGCAUGUACCGGACGCUCCGAAGAGCCCGUCCGUAACGGGCUCCCUAUGGUCGAGCUCCGCGCGUUCCUGGACCGUUGCGUGUGCCUAUUCGUCGUGGCACCGCUGGUUGUGGCGUACUGGCGCGGUCUGUGGAACCUCCUCGACGACCUGGUCCUGCCGGAUCAGCCGGCCCUGAGCGGAUGGGCCACCGCGUGCGCCGGAUGGUCCGUGGCCUUCGCCCUCACGGCGCUCCAGGAACCCUUCGCGCUGCUGGCUCGGCGCUACCCCAAAUCUGUCAAAGUGGUGUUCCGACUGCACCAGUUCAUCUACGGCGCGGCCUCUAUAAGUGCCUGGCGGGGUACAUGGCUCGUUGAAGACGUGUACACGGGCAAGAGCCCGUGGUCAGCGCUGGGAGCUCUCCUCGUCGGAAUAGGGGCACUCCUUUUGUGCAGGGGGCUUCGUAACGCUGCUCAGGCGCCGCCUCUGAUGCUUGUCAUCGACGAGGCGCCAGACUGCUUCAAGGCUGAGACCCGGUUCCGCAGGAAGCCUGAAGACGGCGUGGGGACGUACCUGAUGGAUUGCUGCUUCUCGACCGUGGUCAUCGGAUCACUCGUGGUCACCCUCUGGAGAGGCCUGUGGACCCUCCUGGAUCGGCUUCAGAUCCCGGACAGUCCCCUGACGUCCGCAACCACAUCUCUCUCGUCGGGCUUCGUCACGACCGUCGGCCUCUUCCUCGCCGAAGGUUCCGUGCGGCAGAUACAUGCCCACGCUCACAAGACGGGAAACACUCAGUUCUGGGGACUGCUCCUGGAAGGCAUGUGGAACCUGUGCGCCACCUACUCUGUGGUGGCCGUCUGGCGAGCCCUUUGGAUGCUCGCCGACCAGGUGGUCUGCGGGAGUGUCCUGUGGGACCUGGUGAUCACCCUUGCCAGCGGCUGGGUGCUCAGCCUUCUGUGCUGCAGCACUUCCGUACCCAACUGGGGAACUGUCGUGGACGGCGUGGCCCCGACCAGCGAGUUCCCGCCGCUGUCCUUGGACAUCAGCUAUUUCACGGCCAUGGCAGAGGUCUGUCUGUCGUUUGACCACAGAAGUCAGACAAAUGAAGACAGAAGCUAAGACAUUGCCCAAAAUGUGUAUAUGAUGGCCUUUUCAACUUGGACUUGAAAAGAAAACAUAAAAACAAGUCCACUUCAAGACGAAAGGCAAAAGCAAGACUCGAGGAGACAGGAUGUUUUUUUCCCACGACAAUGAAUGAGACCAGGAAGUACUCGCACAAA